AUGGCUGAACCAACACUUGAUGAAUUAAAACAACAACGAGCUUCUACUAAAGGAAGUAUAUCUCGGAUAAAGAAUAUCGUGGAAUCCAAUUCUAACGCCCUAACUUCAACUGAACUUGAAUGUCGUCUAGGAAUUUUGGAGUCGUAUUUUAAACAAAUAUUAGCAUAUCAAACCAAAAUAGAAGUUUUAUUACCAACAGAUACUAGUAGAGGUGAAAUAGAAGAUUUGUACAUCACCGCAAAAACUAAAAUUCUUUCGCUUUUGGGUACUAGUAGACGAAGUAGUAUCGCAGACAUGACAGUUUCUACUGUCCCACAUACAAUUAGUCAUCUUCCAAAACAACGUUUACCAAAGUUUAGUGGAAGAUAUUCAGACUAUAAAAAUUUUAUAAAUUCGUACAACAAUUUGGUAGAAAAUGAUUUAAGUUUGACAAAAAUAGAAAAAUUUAAUUACUUGCUUUCUUGUUUGAGUGAUCAAGCUCUUGGCACAGUUAAGGCUUUUCAAGUCACGGAAGCCAAUUAUCCCAAGGCACUUCUUAGUUUGAAAGAGCGCUAUGAUAAUGAUUGCCUCAUUUUCUUAGAAUAUAUCUCACAGCUGAUCGAAUUACCUAAGGUUCAAAAAGCUUCUUCUGUUUCUCUACGGAGCUUGGUAGACAAUAUUUCGGCGUUGAUUAGUUCGCUACUUUCUAUAGGAUCGCAUGAGAAUAUUUGUAACGCAAUAAUAAUUCAUAUUGCGAUGUCGAAGGUUGACACAGAUACACAAUCGAAGUGGGAUGAACAACUGGACUAUAAGAAGUUGCCGGAUUGGAAGGAUUGUGCAAGCAUACUCAAUAAACGGUGCCAAUAUUUGGAAGCAAGAGAUAGCAAGCAGAUUCGUUCGGAACAAUGCGUGAAGACAUUCAACAAACAUUCAUCAACAAAGCCAACAAUAGUAAAUCCUCAUCGCCCACAAACUUCGCUUGCUGCAAACCAACGAUCCUGUAUCUUAUGUCGAGACCUUAACCAUUCAAUUACAAAUUGUAAAAAAUUUCUUGAGCUUUCGGUUAUGGAUAGAUUUUGGAAAACCAAAAAACUAGGCUUGUGUCUGAAUUGUUUAGGGAAGGGUCAUAGUGUAUUAAGAUGUCCAUCGUCUUAUAAGUGCAAGACUUGCAAACAAGCACAUCAUAGCCUUUUGCAUAGGACUCAACCUGCAGACACCAAUUCUGGUAUUAAUCCUCCCUCAGAUACAUCUGGUCAAAGCACAUCAGCUGCAACUCAUUCCGCAAUGGAAAAAGAGCAAGUUCCUGAAGCACAAGUUAUUUUAGCAACAGCAUUAGAUCUUAUCAAGGACUCAUCGGAAGGCUUUCAACUCGGUAGGGUUCUACUAGAUUCUGGUUCACAAGUCAAUUUUAUUAAUGAAAAGUUCGCCAAUUCACUUGGUCUAAGGAAACAUCGUAAGAAUGUUGACAUCGUCGGAAUAGGAGUGACUGAAACAAAAAUAAAAUAUCAAACUCAAUCAACAAUCCGUUCACGAUAUAGCAACUUUGAAAUUUCUCUCGAGUUUUUAGUUGCACCUUCCAUCACUGGGUAUCAGCCUGAAGCAUCUCUCAAUGUAAGCAGUUGGAAUCUACCUUCUAAUUUAGAGCUUGCUGAUGAGAAUUUUAAUCAACCGUCACAAAUCGAUUUAUUAUUAGGGGCUGAAGCUUUCUUCGAUUUAUUAGAAUCAGGUCAGAUAAAACUCGGAGAGGGUCUUCCAUCAUUGCAACAAACUGCAUUAGGAUGGAUUGUAUCUGGAAGAUACAAAUCAAAAUACAACACUACAAAGAAAGCAUCGUGCGUAGCCAAUACACUUGAAGUUGGUCUUGAUAAAUAUUUUGAAAAAUUCUUUGAAUUUGAAGAAAUUCAAGGUCUACGGUCAAUAUGGUCUGAAGAGCAGAAUGAAUGCGAAAAGCAUUUCAUAGACACAAUUAAGGUGCUUCCUAGCGGUCGGCUUAUGGUACAACUACCUUUCAAAAAACAUCCUAGCUGUCUUGGAGGCUCUUACGAUAUUGCUUUUAGAAGAUUUUUGUCGCUUGAGCGUAGGUUAUCCAAAAAUGCAUCAAUAAAAAGUCAAUAUUCUGAUUUCUUAAAAGAAUACGAACGUUUAGGUCACAUGUCUCUAGUUCCCAAUCCAAACCUUGAUGAAGAUCAUUAUUAUCUUCCGCAUCAAUAUGUAUUAAGGCCUGAUAGCGUAUCAACAAAGUUACGUGUAGUCUUCGACGCAUCUUGCCGCACAUCAUCACAAAUUUCUUUAAAUGGAAUACUAAUGGUGGGUCCUACUAUACAGGAUGAGCUUUUGAUUAUUUUGCUACGUUUUAGACUUUAUCGAUACGCGCUAACUGCAGAUAUCGUUAAGAUGUAUAGGCAAUUCCUUGUGCAUCCAUCGGAUAGGAAAUUCCAAUUCAUCUUAUGGAGAGAAAACGAACAUACCCCAAUACAAACUUACCAGCUCAAUACCAUAACUUACGGCACAUCAUCUGCACCCUUUUUAGCAAUUCGCUGUCUUCAGUAUUUGGCUGAAAUUAACGUCGAACGUUUUAGUCAAGGUGCUGCUGUUCUUAAGUCGGACUUUUACGUUGAUGACAUGCUAACUGGGGCAGACGACUUGGAUACUCUUUGUCAAAAACGGAAUGAAGUCGUUUCAAUUUUGAGUACAGCUGGCUUAGAACUUUCGAAGUGGAACAGCAAUCAUAUCGCUUUAAUUGAAGAAGCUACACCAAAGGACAUCAAAUUGACUGAAUCCAAUCUCACCAGUACGUUAGGUAUUUCUUGGAACCCUCGUGCUGAUGAAUUCAUUUUUUCAUACAAACCUAAUCGGGUCUAUACAAAAUACACAAAAAGAUCUAUUCUCUCGCUUUCGUCGUCUCUUUUUGAUCCAAUGGGCUUGCUUAGUCCAAUAAUUAUCCGGGCUAAGAUACUGCUACAACAGCUUUGGAUAGAAAAAUUCGAUUGGGACGAAAAUAUUUCUCCAAAUCUCGAGACAGAGUGGCGUCAAUUCAUGACAGAUCUCAACUCAAUUCAAAAUCUUCCAAUUCCUCGAUACGUUUUUCUAGAAAACAAUAUCAGAUUCCAGAUACAUGGGUUCGCAGACGCAUCUAUGAAAGGGUAUGGCUGCUGCAUUUAUCUGCGGAGCAUUGACAAUAGUGGGUCCGUAGGAGUGAAACUUUUAGUCGCCAAAUCCAGAGUUGCUCCUGCAAAGAAGAGAACACUUCCCCGCCUAGAGCUCUGCGCAGCACAUCUCUUAUCCAAACUUUGGUUCUGCACUGGAUUCGAAGAAUGUGUGGAUAAUUCUUCGAAGCUAAAUACUUUCGUUGGUAAUAGAGUAGCUGAAAUCCAGGACACAACAAAGGAGGUGGUCUGGAAACAUGUUCCAACUUCUGACAAUCCAGCAGAUAUAGUUUCUCGAGGAUGUACAGCGGAAGAGCUUAAAAGUUCAAUUUGGUUCAGGGGUCCAGAUUUCUUGAUCGAGGAUGAAGAAAGGUGGCCAUGUUCAUUAGGAGCUUCUCCUCCUCCAGAAGAUUUAUUGCUAGAACACAGGAAAACUGUUUUAGUUUGUCAAAAAGACAAAAACUAUUAUCUCAAUUUAAUUGAAAAGGUUAGCUCGUACACCAAAGUUUUGAGAAUCUUUGCUUACGUAAAAAGAUAUCUCAAUUUACGAUUACUGAGGAUUCCAUUCCCAGGUCGAUACCUUACAGCUGGGGAGUUAGAUUAUUCGUUACUCACCAUAGUUAAUGUCAUACAAAUGGAGUAUUUUGCGAAGGAGAUCCAGGCAGUAAAAUCAAACUCAAAACUUCAAGGAUCGACAAAAUGGUUAUGUCCUUUUAUCGAGGACAGAAAUGGUCUUUUGUUGUUGAGAGUAGGUGGCAGAUUGAAACAUGCUGACAUUCCAGAGGAAAACAAACAUCCGAUGUUGCUUCCAAAAGAUUGCAAUUUCAGCAAAGAACUUAUUCGACAUUUGCACUAUUCUAACUACCAUGCAGGUCCAAAGGCUCUUGUGGCGCUAACGAGACAAAGAUUUUGGAUCAUCAAUGUUCGACAGUUGGCACGCAGCGUUAUUCGAAGGUGCACUCAUUGUGCAAGAUAUCGACCGAAGUUAUAUGACCAAGUAAUGGGAGAUUUGCCUGCAGAAAGAUUAACAUCUUCACGUCCAUUUUUAUGCUGUGGGGUUGAUUUCUGUGGUCCUAUUUACACAUACUACAAAAUCAGGGGGAAGGUGCCUUAUAAAACCUAUGUGGCAGUUUUUGUCUGCUUCGCUUCGAAAGCGGUUCACUUAGAAGCUGUAUCAGACCUUUCAGCAGACGCUUUUAUAGGAGCAUUAAAAAGAAUGAUAGGUCGUAGAGGUAUUCCCAAAGACAUCCACUGUGACAACGCGACAAAUUUUGUUGGCGCACAGUCAAAACUAAGCGAGUUGCGAGAUAUGUUGUUCAAAAAAUCCAACCAAGAAAAUCUCAUUAAUUAUUGUACUAAUUCCAAUAUAAAUUUUCAUUUUAUACCCCCCAGGGCACCCAAUUUUGGUGGAAUUUGGGAAGCUGCAGUUAAAGUCGCUAAGGGUCAUUUGUAUCGCAGCCUUGGAAACGCCAAAUUGUCAUUCGAAGAGCUGUCAACUGCACUUGUCGAGAUUGAGGCCAUCAUGAAUUCGAGGCCUAUUACUUCUAUAUCAACAGAUCCAAACGACUUCGAAGCCCUAACACCAGCACAUCUCCUGAUCGGAUCCUCUCUCAAGGCGAUUCCCGAACUAUUGACUGAGGUAUCCGACAUAAGCUAUCUCGAAAGGUGGCGGCGAAUUAACGCUGUCAAAACUCAUUUCUGGAAGCGAUGGUCCAACGAGUACGUCACUGAACUGCAAGGUCGUGGAAAGUGGACAACAUCAAGUCCAAAUAUCGCUAUCGGCAGCUUGGUCAUCAUUCACGAAGACAAUUAA